AUUCAGAGGAACGCGUCUUUGCCACACCUGACCAGCGAAGCGAUUUCCUCAGCUGUAUAUCUUAUCGCUUCAAUAUGCUGUUCUCUCUCUCAGCGCUCGUUCCAUUGGUGAUGUCUUGUGUAAAUGUUCAAGGUGAGACAACGCCAUCUUGUCCAGACCCAACGGCCAUCAGUCCAUGCACCUGCUCCUUGAUGAGCGAAGACCUUCACCUGGACUGCUCGUCCGUGGCGUCCGAAGAGGAACUCGAGACUGCCCUCAAAGCGGAAUUCCCUUCGAAGGAUUUCUAUCUCUUUGGCAUCUACGACAACCCAAACCUGAAGGUGAUUCGCAAGGGCAUCUUUCGCGACCUGACCUUCCAGGUCAUUGAAAUAAAGGUAGGCUACCUGGAAGAAGUCGAACCCGGGGCGUUCACCGGAAGCGCUUUGACCCUGCAGGGGAUCAACCUCUUCAACAACGAGAUCAGUUCUUUCCCUUUUGAAGAAGUCGAGUCUUACCAGAAGCUGUUGAGUCUCGAGAUGACGUACAACAACGUCUCCUCUUUUCCCAUCAUCAGAUCCGCGACUCUCCAGACCCUCGACUUGAGUAAGAACCCCUUGAUGUCCUUCCCAGCAGACGGACUUCAGCAUCUGCCCAGCCUUGUGAAUGCCAUGUUUCAAAGCUGUGAAAUAUCCGAGGUGUUCUCUGGAACCUUCGCAAGCUCACCCAGUCUGAACUACGUGACCCUCUUCUCGAACAACAUCUCCUUCAUUCCAACGAAUUUCAUAGAACUUCACGGCGAAGGAGCCUAUGUCUAUCUGGGCAUCAACCACAUCGACACUAUAGAAGUCGGGGCAUUCAAAGGUGUGUCGCGAGUUUUUGACAUAGACUAUAAUUCUCUUAAGACUGUAGAAGAAGACAUUUGGAGACCAGUGCUCGAAGCAGGAGCUGGGCUGUACCUUAUAGGCAACCCUUUGGAAUGCGGCAGCGACAUUAACUGGCUGAUCCAGGAGCCCAAAUUCAUGAAGUUGCUGGACCCGUACGCCGCAUGCGCUAACGGAACGCUACUCAGCGAUUUACAGCCUCCUCACUGAUGCGGUCGGCAGUGGCUUCUGCGAGAGCGAAUUUCUUAGUCCAUCGUUCAUGGCAGCAUUAUUCCUCUUCCUCCAAAAGGGCUUAACUUUGCCCUUCUUUUGUAGCCCCUGAUUAAUAGAAAUAGUCUCUCACUUUGCACUGCCAACUUUCACUUUCAGCUUAUUAAAUCUGUCUGUUUGA